GGCAGCAACGGGCAGCGGAAAGGCCGGCGAACCAGUUAUCGACGAGGAGUGGGCGCGCAUGCUACAGGAGGGCAUGGCGGACCUGCUGAGCGACGUCAACCAGUCUCCAGAGAUGCAGGGACAGUUCGAGAAACUGGCGAAAGAGCUGAACGAGGUGAUGGCCGGGGACGCUACAAGUACAAGUGCGGCGCCGCCCGCCGUUGCUCCCGCUGCUGCUGCUGCUGCUGCGGCGGCGGACCCGAAGGCAGCCGAUAACUUCCAGGAACGCAUAAAGGCCACAAUGGACCGGAUGAAGUCGUCGAACGCCGAGGUGGACGCGGGACUUGCCGAUGCGGAUUCGGACGACUUCUUGGCCGAGAUGCUCAAGACGAUGGGCGGAGCUGGCGGCGACGGAGAGGAGGACUUCUCGACGAUGCUGGUCACCAUGAUGGAGCAGUUGACCAGUAAGGAGAUUCUCUACGAGCCCAUGAAGGAGCUGUACGAGAAGUACCCCGAGUGGAUGCGCAAGAACGAGGCGAAGGAGAGUAAGGACGACAUGGCGAGGUACAGGGCGCAGUUCGCCAUCGUCAAGGAAAUCGUCAACAAGUUCGAUGAGCCCGGCUACAAGGACGAGGACGAGAGCUGUAGAGAAUACAUCGUGGAGCGCAUGCAGAAGAUGCAAACCGCUGGUGCCCCGCCGCAAGAGCUGAUGGGCGACGUGGGUCAAGGUCUCGAUCCGCCCGAUGUUCCUUCCGACUGUGGAGUUCAGUGAUGUCUUGGUGGGUGUAAAUAAUGCCACAAUAUUCUGCUCUGCUUGCUUGCUUGUCACCAUGCUUGUUGCUUCAUUAUAUUCUAUCGCUACUUUCCACUUGUUUUCCAUAAACCCAAAGACCGGCGAGGCAACUGAAAUACCUAGAUGAUCCAGUCUCAUCCUCGCUGUCGGAGUGCGAAUCUACAAACCCUCACCGAAAUCAACAGAGAAAAACUGCAAAAGACACAAAGAACGCCACUAAUAAUACACCCGUGAAAUGCACAAACCAUUCUUUCAAAAAUGAACCAAAAAACCAAUCCAAUCCAUGCAUCAAUCAGCAGUCGACAAUCAGCGAACCAGCAAUCAGCAUCAGCAAUUCAGCAAUC